CAAACCGAUUGAUCCUGACCACCAGGAUUAUACUUCGUUCCAAUUUAAAGAAUCAUAAACAAUAAAUAAUAAAAUUCAAGUGCAGUUUCGUUUUUAUAAAAGGUGGCAUGGUCCUGCCGCUCUAAUCAUUAGGACCGGAAAUUAAUAACGAAUUUCAGAUUAAUACUAUCCUGUGUGUGAUUGUGUCAUGUGCGAGUGAAACCAUCUUAUAUUAAUAAAAUACACACACACAAAAACAUUAUUCCCGCAGAUUUGAAGAAAUGACAAACAGUAUGAAACAGACUGUUAUCAAAAAUCCAACUUGGUGGAGGAGGCGAUCAGCUUUGGAACGUGGCCUAACGAUAGCAACAGUAACUGUUACACUAGCAGCAAUUGCUUUAGCAGUAAUUGUAGGUGUCUUGUCGUCAAAUACUGAAAACUGCAAUGCCCCAAACAUAGUUCCAUCAAAAAUGGAGAUGCUACCAGCUUCAAUAGAAGCUCUAAGAAGUAAAAACCCACCAACAGAAACUAAUGGCGUAAAUUCAAAAUCAGAUGCUAAGGACAUAUGCUUAACACCUGGAUGCAUUCACACAGCUUCGAAGAUUCUGGACAACAUUGAUCCUGCUGUAGAACCCUGUGACGACUUUUAUAAAUUUGCCUGUGGCAAAUUUUUAAAGUCCACGGUUAUUCCUGAUGAUCAGACUACUGUUACCACCUUCAGCGUCAUCAGCGAUAGACUUCAGGAGCAGUUGAGGAUUAGCAUCGAAGAGGAAAUUAAGCCGGAUGAACCAAAACCAUUCAAGCUUGCAAAGAACUUAUACAAGUCAUGCAUGAACAAAACUACCAUUGAUGCCAAGGGUUUGAGCCCAGCUUUAGACAUUUUGAAGCAAUUGGGAGGUUGGCCCGUCAUCGAAGGUGAGAAGUGGCUAGAAGAAGACUUUGAAUGGAAAGAAUCAGUCUACAAAUUCAGAAAAGUAGGAUUCUCAGUCGAUUACUUCUUUGACUUCAGUGUCGGGGUAGAUUUAAAGAACAGUACAAGACGAGUACUUGAUAUUGACCAAGCAUCUAUUGGCUUGUCUCGUGAAUAUCUAGUGAAAGGUUUCAGUGACAAGAUCGUCAGUGCCUACUAUAGUUACAUGGUCGAUAUUGCCGUUAUUCUUGGUGCUGAACGAACAAGAGCCGAAACUGAAUUAAAGGAAUCACUCGAAUUCGAAAUGAAACUUGCCAAUAUCUCUCUUCCAAAUGAAAAACGUCGCAACGGAACUGCUCUCUACAAUCCGAUGACUGUGAAAGAACUCACAGGGAAUUAUACGUCUAUUCCUUGGAAGGAAUACUUCAACAAUAUUCUCAAACCCAACGUAGAGGUUGGCGAUGAUGAAUUGGUCAUAGUGAACGUGCCUUCCUACUUUAAGGAAUUCGAAACACUGAUGAAGGAAACUCCCAAGAGGGUCCAGGCAAAUUAUGUCAUGUGGAGAGCUGCUGGAGCCACAGUCAGUUAUCUAACUGAUGAUAUUCGUAGGAGACAAUUGAAGUACUCCACUGAAGUCAGUGGCAAAGCUGAAAGGGAAGCCAGAUGGAAGGAGUGCAUUGAUGUAACCUCUGGAAGUUUAGGAUUGAGCGUUGGAGCUCUCUACGUCAGGAAAUAUUUCAAUGAGGAAUCGAAGAAAAGUGCAGUCGAGAUGGUGACUGACAUUCGCCGAGAGUUCAAGAAAAUUCUGAAGCAGGUUGAUUGGAUGGAUGAAAAAACACGGGAAAGUGCUAUGAAGAAAGCUGAGACUAUGGAGACUCACAUUGCUUAUCCGGAUGAACUUCUUGACAACAAGAAGCUUGAAGAAUUUUUCGAAAGAUUGGAAAUACUCCAGGAUGAUUAUCUUCAAUCACUUUUAAACCUGUCGCUUUUCGAGACGGAUUAUUUCUUUAGUGAAUUAAGGAAACCUGUAAACAAAUCGGAAUGGUUGUCCCACGGCAUGCCAGCUAUUGUUAACGCCUUCUAUUCUCCAAUCGAAAACAGCAUUGAUUUCCCUGCUGGAAUUCUACAAGGCGCUUUCUUCGACAAAGAUAGACCCCGAUACAUGAAUUACGGUGCGAUUGGUUUCAUUAUUGGACAUGAAAUCACUCACGGUUUUGAUGACCAGGGUCGUCAAUAUGAUACAGAUGGUAACCUCGUUGAGUGGUGGGAACCAGAAACUAAAAAGAAGUUUCUUGUCAAAACUAACUGCAUUAUAGAACAGUAUGAAAAUUAUACUGUAGAAGAAGUGGGAGUAAACCUGAACGGUAUCAACACGCAAGGAGAGAACAUCGCUGACAACGGUGGUAUAAAAGAAGCAUACAUGGCCUAUCAAGACUGGGUGAAACGAAAUGUUCCAGAACCAAAAUUACCUGGAUUAAAUUAUUCACCUUUACAGCUUUUUUGGAUAAGUGCAGCUCAAACUUGGUGCAGCAAAAAUAGACCAGAGAGUUUAAAAUUAAGCAUCACAACCGGAGUUCACAGUCCAGGCGAAUUCAGAGUCCGGGGUCCAUUUUCCAAUUCGCCAGCAUUUGCAAAAGACUUCAAUUGCUCCGUGGGUUCCAGAAUGAAUCCAAAAAAUAAAUGUUCUGUAUGGUAAUUUUUCCUCUGAAGAAGAUGUUCUGCAAGGACUUUUUUCUAUCUUAAAAUGACCUUUUUAGAACUUUUUAAAAGGAAGGGGUCUUAGGAACUGGGAAAUUAUGUUUUUGCACAAUGAUGCACAGUGUGCGUGAAUUUUUGUAUGUGAACUUUACGCAUUAAUUUUAUUGAGAUUGGUGAGAACUGAAUUUUCCACAAAGAAAAACGUUUGGUUGAUAUAAAAGAUGUACAAUAUUUUAAUGAAUCCACGCUAAGCAAUCAAAAAUUUAAUUUUAAUAACAACAACAAAAUUCUGUUGCUUUUAUACAGCAAUACAUUUUUAUGAUAUCAAAAGCAAGUGGCGUAGUCAGGGAUUAAAGUGUCAAAGCUAUAAAACAAGAUUAUAACACACCAAAGAAUUAAUUACAUAUCCUCCCACUAAAAAAAAGUUUUUUGUUUAAAGAUGAUAUUCAGAGGUUCCGUAAUCCACGAAACACGUAUUUCCCAUAAGAAAAGAAGACGUUUUAGAAAAUGUCAAAUAUGAAUAAAAAUUUAUUCGUUUAUUAUCAGCCUCAUUACUCUGCUUUAUAGGGUUCCAAAAAAUCCGAUAAGUGAAACAUUGGGUUUCGCAAGUUUUUGGCACUAAUUAUAUUUUUUGCGGCUUUUCAAAAUACAAAUUUUUUCUAAUGCAUAAAAUACUACUUUAUACUGAUAAUUAGAAUUUCGCAUUAAUUUUUGGAACAAUUUAAUUUUUUUUAUCAAGUUCCUCUCACAAGAUAUUUGAAAAGGCGCGGCUUUUCUGAAAUUUUAAACUUAUUUUCAGCGGUACAUUUGGAACGAGACAAUAAUCAAUGAAAUUAAACACAACAGAUUUUCCAAAACAAUUUACCAUUAUUUAUAAUUAUGUUCUCUCAGAAUAAUGUUUGAAAGUUCAAGAUUUUUCUGAAAUUUUCAAAUUUUUGCAAAAUUUUUUAAUUAGAGUGAGGUAUAAGAACUAAUAGAAUUAACACAAAUAAUUGUUUAAGCAGUUUAUCAUUGAUUAUAACUAUCUUCUUUUAGAUAUUCAGAAAUUUUCUUCCAAUUUCUUUACUUUGCUUUGUCUUUUUGGUUAUAAACGUAUAAGAAAUGAAUACGGGAGCGAAUAAGUUCUUAAACAAUUCCUUUCUUUUUUGUUAUUGAAUUUGUCUAAAAUAAAAUAUAUAUUGAAAAUAUUCUUCAAAUUUUCUAUACAAAUAGUAUUAAAUAUUAAUUUUCCAUGAGAGCCUUUUUGUUUAAAUUAAUAAUUAUUAUUAUAAUUAUUUGCGUGUGCCCGCAUAAAAAGGCUCCUUGCUUCUAGUAUGUAAGGUAUUCUCGUUUUUCUAAGUGAUGGACGAAAUUAUUAUUUUUGGAAUUAGGUGGGUAUUAUUAAGAAGCUUUUGGCUUUCAAUAACAUUAAAUUCUUUUUUCUCGAAAAGCGGUUUUUCCAAGUUCCAACUUCAAAAAUGCUCGGCGACUCGUUUUCCAAACUAAGCGGUUCGUCAUAUGCUUAAAAUUGCGGGAAUUUAUCCGGCCACAGAUUUUGUAUUUAACUUCAUACCGACUUUAAGGGCCCUUUUUAUGCGGACGCCCACAUUUUUUACUGACUCAAAAGUUAAAAAAAGCUAAAAAAUUCUGAGAAGAUAGUUAUAAACCAUAAUAAGUGUUUAAACAUAUAUGUUUUUAAUGCGCAUUAUUUAUUAUCUCACCAAAUAAAAGGUGGACAAGAAGUGAAAUUUUUUAGAAGAAACCGCAAUUGUCUAUCAUUUUUAUAAGAGAAGAUAUUUAUAGACAAUAAUGCUUUGUUUGAAAAAUUAUGUUUGUUAAAUUUCUAUAAAUAUAACCUCUUUCUAAAUCAAAUCUUGAUAAAAAGUUAAAAAUUUCAGAAAACCGCAACUAUAUAGCAUUGCUAUAGGAAAAUAUAGGUAUAAGCAAUAGUAAUUUGUUUAAACAGUUCCACGUUUGUUGAAGUUCUUAAAUUAUUGCAACGUUGUCGGCUAAAAGUAGACAAAUUUUUUGAACAAUAAUGUUGGUUUAAUUUAAUAUUAGGUCAUUUAAUUUUCGGAUACCCUUUUUUGUCCUUCUUUCCUAAGGUUUUACCACAACCGAAAACAAUUUCUGGCUACGCUGCUGCGCAACCAAACAUUUUUCUUAGGCGAAAUUAUUUUAAAUUAAUAAGAUUUUUAACAGAAUGGUCCAGUCCUUUUAAAUCGUGAAUUUUCCCUGAUUUUGGUCUAAAUGAGCAAGCCAAGUUUUUAUAAAAUGAGCAAGAAUAAAUGAAAUUAGUGAACUCAUCCAUGACACACCAAUCCAUUAGUGGAAUAGGAGAAAUUACGAUUAUUAAUUAUUACGAUAAAAUACUUAUGAUAGGGGUUAUUAUUCUCUAAAUGUUUAAUUCUUAAUCCGUCGUUUCGAAAAGAAAAAAUAAUGAUCUUACUUUAAUUGUUUUUAUGUUUGUACAUUAACAUUUAGAGAGUGUGCUCUUUGUGAUAAAAAAAUAUAUAUCAUGUUGAAGUACUUGAAUUUAGAUAAUUCUUAGUAAUUUUAAAAGCGUUAUUAAAAAAGGCGUUGGUGCUGAAACUAUCUGGUCUUUUCGUUUCAGAAAACAUUAUUCUCGGAUCUAAUCUCGAAAAGAAUUAUAAUUCUGUGAAAAUAAUUAUUUUCACUAAAGUGAACAAUGCUAAAACUGGCUUUUUUAAGCAAAAAAUUGAGGAUACAGUUUUAUAGAUUGAAAAAAAAUUAUAAUUAAAAAAGGAUUCCUCAUUGUAAAACUAUAGUAGAAAUCUUUGUAUGUGUUUAGAAAAUUAAUGUGAGAUCUGCUGGUUAAAUGUUUUUCGAGACGUCAAUCCAAAUAUGUGUAUGAAUUUAUUGAUUAAAAGCCUAUAUUUAUCAACUAAUGUGUAAUUUAAUAACAGUCGAUUGUUUUAAAAUAAAUUGUAAACUUGUUUAUUAUUAAACAAUCCAGACAAAUUUUAGCAGAAAUAGCCAGAAGAACAUCAGCAAUAUAUACCUUAACUAUUAAAAUAAAUACUAUAGAAUGUACAAUCGAUCUUUAACUUUUAUAGAAGAAUUUAUAAAUGUUCUUUAUAUUU